AUGAAUAAAGAACUGAAUAAUUUAUCUAAUACUUCUGAUACACAUAAUUAUCCAGCUGCUUUUGGAAACUGCACAGAGGAAAAAAUCUUGCUCAAGAAACACUACCUCCCUAUAAUUUACAGCAUCAUCUUUCUGGUGGGUUUCCCGGGGAACGCAUUAGCCAUCUCCACUUACAUUUUCAAGAUGAGGCCCUGGAAAAGCAGUACCAUCAUUAUGUUGAACCUGGCCUUCACGGACUUGUUGUAUUUGACCAGCCUUCCUUUCUUGAUCCAUUACUAUGCCAACGAUGAAGACUGGAUCUUUGGUGACUUCAUGUGCAAGUUCAUCCGCUUUGGCUUCCAUUUCAACUUGUAUAGCAGCAUCCUCUUCCUGACCUGUUUCAGCAUCUUCCGAUACUUUGUCAUCAUCCACCCCAUGAGCUGCUUUUCCAUUCAUAAAACCAGAUGGGCCGUGGUUGCCUGUACAGCCGUAUGGAUCACCGCCUUGGUGGUGGUGGUUCCCAUGUCCUUCCUGAUCACGUCAGCUCAGAAGAAGAAUAGGUCCACUUGCCUUGAUCUCACCAGCUCCGAUGAUCUCAACGCCAUCAAGUGGUAUAACGUGGUUCUGACGGUGGUCACCUUCUGCUUACCUUUAGUGGUUGUGACCAUUUGCUACAUGAUGAUCAUCUACAACCUCGCUCGAGGACCUCAUACCCGGAGCUCUCAGAAGCAGAAAGCGCGGAGACUGGCCAUCCUCCUCCUCGUUGUUUUCUACGUAUGUUUUCUGCCCUUUCAUGUCUUGAGGGUUAUCCGGAUUGAAUCCCGUCUCCUUUUAAUUAGUUGCCACUUGGAGAAUCAGAUUCACGUCGCUUAUAUCGUCUCUCGGCCAUUGGCAGCCUUAAAUACCUUUGGCAACCUUUUGCUUUAUGCUGUGAUUGGGGACAAUUUUCAGCAAGCCAUUUGUUCUUUGGUACGAUGUAAACCAAAUAGUGACCCCCAAGAAACGGGGAAAAGUAGUUCUGUGAAUAACCCUUGA